GGGGAGGGGGGAGGAAGGAGGAGAAGGGGAGGUCCUGCCCUCCUUCAGACGGGCUCCAACGAGUCCCAGGCCACUUUGACCAACUUUCUUUUAUGUUUCAGGAAAACCUCCGAAGCUCGUCAACGCGGGCGGAAAGACUGUGAAGUCGGCGGGCUGAAGGGACCCGUGGGUGGCGGACGGCGACAUGUCAGAAGGACCCGGAGCCGUCUGGAUGUGACUGGUAGGGGAUGGAGGGACAGAAAGAGACAGCUGAGGAGAAGGAGGAGGAAGAAGAGGAGAAAAAACUUCAUCACAUCACAACCGCGUCCUCCGUGGAGGACCCAGACCUUCCCAUCAUGCAGUGGGAGGACUUGAGCCAGCGGAUAGCUGAGCUGGAGAAACAGGAGCACGAGAGGAGGGAGGGGUCAAAGAGGGUGACGGCAUUGAAGACGGGGGACUUUCAGGUGUGGAGAGACGUGUGGGAGGAAGAGGAGGAAGACUUUCGGAGGUGUCGAGUAACACAGAGAUUUCACAACCAUGGAAACCUGCAGCUGUGCUUCAUCAACAACAGCGACAGUGAAGACGAGGACGAAGGAAGCAGUAAAAAGGUUUCCUUGGGAAUGGGCAGAAACAGCAGCCAUGUCGCUGGGCUGAAACAGGAAGUGGCCACUGCUCUGAGAACGCUGAGAGAUGAGCUGCUGGCCGAACAGAAGGAGAAGGAGCAUCUGGCUAGCAGCAGCAGUGUUGCCAAACGGAAACAUCUGGAGCGUUGGGAGCUUCAGCAGUGUUCAGUGCAGCAGCUGAGCAGCUUGAGAGCAUCACUUCAACAGGAUGUACACGCUCUGAGCUCUGAUCUGGUGGCCCACCUGUUGAUACGAGACCAGCUGAGGACGAAGCAGGAUGCCAUGUUGUUGGACGUCCAGGACCUGACCUAACAGCAGGACCACAUCCGGGACAUCUGUCCACUCUGGGACCAGGUUGGACUGCUCGUGCACAUCAGCCGAGGAGGCUUUUACUAUACAGCGCAAUUUUAGCUGACCUUUCAUUGAUUUAUUAAAUCAUCAGCAUUCAGAACUGAUUGGACAGAUCAAAAGGAAACUGAAUCACCUGAAAACCCACGAAAGGGUGCAGCAUUGUUCUGACUUUUAGACAACACUUGACAGACUACCAGGAGUUGUGUCGGAGACAGGAUGAGACUUCAUAGUUCAUCCAGGAGUUGGUACAUGAAUGCAGGGUGAUGUUAAACGACAAGUUAAUAACCUGAGAGAGACAGAAAGUCAUCCUGUUUCAGAAUGACGGAGGAUCAAACACUCCAUCUGGACUGUUUGGAAGUCAAAGGUCAACAUGUUCGGGGAAUGAGGAUGUUGUUGAACCUACAAGGCCUGUAAAACAACAAAAACAAAGAUUCUGACAUCUUUUCUUCUAAAGUGCACUCAGCCAUGUGAUUCACAGAUUGCUUUGGUCUGUUAAGACAUUCAAGAUCUUUGGCCUCCAGUUUGGGGCUGUAAAUUAAGGUAGAGGUCCAUUGGGGAAGAGGAGGUGGUUGUGAUCUGACAGUCAGAAAUUAAAUUUUCCUCUUUGAUGCCACCAGGUUGACGACUCCAGUAGAACAUAAGAAAAUUACAUGUGCUGAACAUGAUGGGUGAGCAGAUUGGGUUCAGCAGCUCUUACAGUCAUUUUUCUUCCAUGGAUUAUAAGCAGGUGACAUUUGAAAGAAACCAGCUGAGGUGGUUCAACACCUGAUCAGGGUCCUCCUGAGCACCUCCCUUUAGAAAUAUUCUGGACACCUCCAACUGGGAGGAGACCCAGAACUCAAUGGAGGGAUUAUAUCUCUCAUCUGUGCUGGGAACACCCCAAGGUUCUCCAGGAGGAGCUGGAAGAACUGAGGAGAGGGACAUCUGGAAUACCCUGUUGGGUCUGCUGCUACCACAACCUGAGGGGUGGAUCAUUUAGAGAUAUCCUGUGUAAUUCUUUUGGUGCUGUUGUCACUUUAGGUUUCACUAAAACUAAACAUUAAACGUAUAACAAUUUUUUGUGUGUUAUUUAGACAAUAACUUUCUCAUCUUUAUUCCAUAACGUAGGGAGGGCUUAGCUCCACUAGCCCGUUUAUACCAGCCGUCACUGAAGUCUGUGCAUUUCAUUCAUCAACAGACAAUAAAAUCAGUGUGGUUUUUCUCAGGUAGGAGGACCAGCAGCAGGUUCAUUCAAGGAGGUGGAACCAUCACAGUACACAGUACUCAGAUUUGUGAAUAUCCAAAAUGACCGAAAGUUUCUGGGAUUAAAUUUUAUACAGAGCUCGUAUUCAGAAAUCACAUUUGUCUUUAAAUCUAAAGUCCAGAUCGUGUUACUUUCUCUAACUUCCUACAAGUCAGUUAGAAAGUGAGACAAAAUAAGUUAACGCAGACGCUGUGGUUUGUUGGACUUUUGGUGUGUAAUGGUCUGGAAUGUGUACUUUUAAAUGCAAGUGAGGGGCACUAACAUAUUUAAGUUUUACUAUGUUUACUCGUUUUAACAAGGGAACAUUACACUCCUACAGCAGGUGUAGCAAGACAAGCUCAAUUUCAUUCAUAUGUUGAUAUUUUAUUAUGUUUCUUAAAGAACAAAUGGUUGUUUUUUUUUUUUUUUUGGUUUAUUUGUUUUUUUAACCAAAAUGUCUAUAAUAGACAUACACACUUGGAUAUAUGGUAUCAGUACUGAGCAAAUGUAAUUUUCUCCCAGAUUUAAGGUACAGGAACAUGAACGUUUGUUUAAUUUUAAGUGAUGCCAAACACUACAGUCUAUGAUUACAUUACCAGAGAUAUUAAGUCAUAACCAAGUCAGUGUUUGUGUCUCCACCUAACGUCACUGAAGCUUUUAUUCUGUCAGCAGUGAUUUGUUUGUCUUUGCACAACAUAUUUAGACACCCUCAAAUGUAAAACCAGCAACAGAAACGUCCUCCGGAGCCUCACAAGGGACAUAUGUUAUACGUUGUGUAAACAAUUAAAUCCACUUUCUGUCACAUUGCACGAGGAGCUGAUAUCCAUGGAAGGCUGUCCUGUAAAGUACCAGCCUACACCCUUUCAUUCACACACACACACAGUUUAAGUAAUGCUUCACAUGCUUAAUGUGUUUAGUCAAGAGACGUGAUGUCGGUGCAGGUAGAAGUCAAACGUGUAGAGGAGUCGCUGUUUUGGGCUUAUUAUGGUCCUGAAAAUGAGCUAGCAAAGUGAGUGUUUUUCUUUUCAUUGUGACUUCAAGAGUAUUUCCAGAUGUAUUUUAAAAUAUAAGUGUUACGUCUUGUUUUGUCUUUUGCUUUUGGAAUCCAUGUGCUAUGUUUCAUGUCAUCUUGUCAUGUGUUUCCAUGUAUGAGGUUCUAAGUUUUUGUCAUGUCCUGUUUUAUUUUGAAAGCGUCACUUCCCCUAUGUGUCUGUUUCAUGUAACUUUGCUUUUAUUUAUCCUGAUUGCUUUCUCCUCCCUUAAUGUGUUUCAGCUGUUUCUUGUUAUGUUGUCUAUUUAGUCCUCGUCUUCCCCGUCACUCUUUGUCAGGUUGUUUGUUUGUGUUCAUGUGUCCAAGCCAGGAUUUUCUAGAGCCACAGAAAGUGUUUUUUCGAGUUCUUUGAUUUAAAUAAAAGAAUAUUGUUUUUGGACCUUGGCCUGCCUGCCUUUUGAGUCUGCAUCGGGGUUCAGCUCUCUGCGUCAGCGACGCUGUACCCGUUUUGCGACAAUAAGUAGAAUUAAUUACAAAUGUAUUUGUAAAUGUAAUGUGAUUCAAAUUCUUUUUCAGUGUAAGAAAGCUUAACAAAUGAGCAUUUUGAAUGUAAACAACCCACAUCUUCAUCACUCGUCAUCCUUUCGUCUGUUCUUGGGGGAAGAAGUAAAAGUACAAAUACCAUAGAGUGAAAAUACUUAACUACUAGUAAAAAUUUUGCAUUUAAAACUGCACUCAAGAAAAAGAUUUUGCUAAUUUGCUAACUGUACUCAAAGUGCUGAAAAUAAAAGUACUCACAGUGCAAUAAAA